UUAAAUGUACUAGAAGCUAAGGUAUAAUUUUCAAACACAACCACAAUUAUUUCCAAUUCUAAGGGCAUCCAAGUAAAUCUUACACCAUAUUAAUUUCUAUAAAUAGGCUAUAUUUUCUAGCAAAAUCAUCAAACUAAUUAUUUAAUCCUGAAAUUUAUUUUUAAAAAAAGGUUGAGAAAAAUGGAGAGCAAGAGUUUUAUGGUGAUGGUUGCGGUAUGCCUUGCACUGGCAGUCGGCACGGCGGCGCAGAGUGCGAGUAAUGUGAGGGCAACGUACAAUAACUAUAACCCACAAAAUAUAGGGUGGGAUUAUAACACAGCGAGUGUGUAUUGUGCAACAUGGGAUGCUAAUCAACCUUUGUCAUGGCGCCAACAAUAUGGUUGGACUGCCUUUUGUGGCCCUGCUGGUCCUACUGGUCAAGCUUCUUGUGACAAGUGUCUCAGGGUAACAAACAUGGCAACGAAUGCCCAAGUAACGGUGAGAAUAGUUGAUCAAUGCAGCAAUGGAGGGUUAGACCUUGAUGUUAAUGUCUUUAAUCAAAUUGACACCAACGGUCAAGGCAUUGCUCAAGGCCACCUUCAAGUCAAUUACCAAUUUGUUGGUUGCUAAUUCCACUACCUAAUGACUUAUGUAGUCAUCUAGCCUAUGUAACUUUCUUUGCCUAUGUUUUAUGAAUAAUUUUCAAAAUAUGCUACAAUAUGAAUAAAGGACAUCUCAUUGCAUUGACUAAUCUUCUAGUGAGAAAUGAUAUCUCAAUUUCAUAUCUCAA